GAAAUUUUUUCGGCGCAUGGGCCAACUUGCCCCACACGACAGAUCAUAAAUGAACAGCACCCUGCGAAUCUUCUUUUUUUCCCCUUCCGCACCCUUUCUUCUCUAUGCACACACACACAUAACUUCAACGUCACGCAUGCUGGCAAAUUAAACGCAUCAUAUCGACCAACAAUAACAGCGGCAAUAACUUCUCUCUGCAUCCCAUCCAUCGUCUCAACUCAACAUCUGGCUCCUCAUGCAACUCGGCAGCAAGACCCAGCGUUCAUUGAACUGGCGUUUGGCAUCUCUCUCGCUGGGACUGGCCUUGGCUCUCUUUGCCAGCAGCACAAACGCUUCUCCAGUCUCACAGAGCUAUUUCCGAAAUGGCGCCGUUGUGCAACAUCAACCCUUCGAAACGGGGGCGACGACUAUUCUUGAUGUCCUGGGCCAGCGACCGGAGUUUACAAAAAUCCUUGAGCUCAUUCAAAAGGACAAAGACAUGACCAAGAUGCUGGGUGACCCUGUUACUCAGUCGACGCUGUUUGCACCAACGAACGAGGCCUUCGACUCGGUCUCAGAUGGAGACUACCCAACGCGUGAUGUGCUCAUGUACCACAUCAGCGACCACGUCUUCAAUACUUCGACUCUCCGCUCCAGAGCCAUCAUCAAAUCUCUGUACGAAUCCCCCGGCCUCAACUACUCCCCCCAACUCCUGCGUAUCUCGCUCGAGCCUCCCUGUAUCCCCUCCACGAGUACCGUUCGGAACUCGUUCUGGAGAGUUGAACCCGAGAUCUGUAUCACGGGCACGGAUGAGGUUAAUACUGAGGCUGGAGAAAGCCUGUAUGUGAAUCGUGCUAAGGUUGUGAUCCCGGAUUUGAGGGCCCAGAGUGGUGGGGUUGUUCAUGGGGUGAGUCAAAUUAUUUGGCCGCCCGGAGAGACGAUUUUGGAUGAGAUCGAGAGACAUUCUGCGCAUUUUUCAUAUUUGAAUAAGGCGUGGAGUGAGACGGGGGUGGAUGAAAAGGUGAGGGAUGGAAAGGAUAUGACGCUCUUUGCAGCCCAUGACAAGGCUUGGAAAGCACUGCCGAAGAAACUGUUGAAAUGGCUGUUCUCAAACGACGGCCGCGAACACCUCAAGAUCUUCUCCAUGUACCAGGUUGCGAACAGGGCUGUCUACACCCCUGAGAUCUUCAACAAGACCCGCAAGGACGGAACCCCCGACGACGAUUACCACGAAAUCAUCCUCCAAUCACUCCUGAACUCACCCUGGUUUGAGCUGCAUGUCCUCGCCAAGCCUAGGAAGUCCGUUCCAGCCCACUCAAACAGCGAGUCUGAACUCGAGUUGUAUCCCAAGAACCUCGCAGAUCUGAUCGAAACCAUCAAGGGACUCGUCCAAGGAGAUGAGGACCCUAAGAAUCCAGAUGAUGACAAGCAGCUGGGUCAUCAUCACCGUUACCGUAAUCCCAACCAUUCGCACCAUCAUCCUCACCGCGGCAGCAAGCGCCAUCGCCAUCGUCACCAUCAUCAUCGCCACCACCACCACAGCGGUUCACACGAUGGAGGUGGCUGUAAAAAGCCUAAGCUGCCGACUCCUACACCGACUCCGCGCCGGGACGAGAUCUUUGUGAACAAGAAGGCGCGAGUGCUCCAUGGAUUUGAGAACUGGAUCGCGGGCAAUGGUGUGGUCCAUGUGGUCGAUCGGGUGCUGAUGCCUCCGCGUAGUAAGGGCUGUGAGAGGAUGACGGCGGCUGAGUGUGCGGCCUGGGAGACGAUGUGGGAUCUGGCGAAUGUUGGAGUCGAGAACGUAGUCGAUGAUACGAUCGCAUGGUGGGAGGAUCUGACACUGUUUGAUGUGGAGGACGGAGAGGACAAGGAGGGUUUGGAGAAGGGUUUUUUUGACCUUGAGAAUGAUAUGGACGACGAGGAGCUGGAUGCGAAAAAAGACAGAUAGGACGCGACUGAGCAGGUGGAAGAGAGCCAUGCCUUUGUCAAGUUCUAGGCAAUGCAGCCGUGUGUUGUACAUAGUUUAGCUGGCUUAUAAAAAAAAAUAAAAAUACGUUCAGGCACGAAGAUCGCA